AUGGAUUUUGAUGGAUGGGAGAAUAUAAAUCCCAGAUCGAGUUGCAGUUCUUUCGAUCAUUUUAAUUUCAAAAGACAUCAAGAUUUGAACGAAUAUAAAUUGCCAGAAGAUGAUAUUUUCACACCAACUCAAAGCCUAUCAACAAUCGACUUGGAAGAAGUUUUUAAAUCACUGGAUUUCGGAGAACCAAAACAGAAGUUUUCUUUGGUUCCCAAGCCAAAGUUAUCAGUUUCGGGUCGAGCAAUCAGUCUAUCUACUAACCAUUUCCAAAUUCUAUGUGAUAAUCAAGAAGUCUAUCAAUACUCAUUCUGUUUCCUACCAGAUAUACAAUCUAAAAAGUUGGCUCGUAAAAUUUUUCGGAUUCUUGAAAACAAUAUCCCAGAUCUCAAAAGCGCAUAUCCUGUAUUUGAUGGAUGGAACACGAUUUAUACUACAAAGUUACUCGAUCUUAUUCAAAUUAAUCAAUCAAGAAUCCCGAUGGUAAAUUGUAUUUUAGUCAAUUCUUAAGGUUUGAGUUUGUUUUUUUUUUCAGGAUGGGAUGAUGUCUCACGAACACAAAUCCGAGUUUUAUAUUAACAUGUAUUACGUUGGUAGCUUCAGUUUAGAUACAAAUGUGUAAGAAGAUUCAUUGAAAUACAACAAAUCAUAAUUAUUUUUUCAGAAAUUCUCCGGAUACUUAUCGUUUUCUCCAUGCAAUGGAUACAAUUCUCCGACAAAGUUCUUGUGAUAAAUUCAACGUGGUUCUUCAAUCCUUUUUCUCAACAACUCCAUCCACAGUGAAUAGAAAAUGUCAUGGAUUAGGAUGGGGAACAGUAAAUUUGGGAAUUGGUCGAGAAGUUUGCUAUGGUUUUUAUCAAAAUGUUAUUGAAACGUUUGAUGUUUUGUCAUUGAAUAUCGAUGUGGCCACAACAACAUUUUAUCGUCCAAUUUUUAUGCUAGAAUUUCUUGCCGAAGUAUUGGAUGUUCCAUAUGAAACUAUUAUUGAUGGCCGUGCAUUGAGUGAAGCAAAUAAAAAGAAGUUUUCAAAAGAAGUUGCUGGGAUCAAAGUAGAAACACGUCAUUGUAACGCUCCAAGAAGAUAUAAAGUAGUCAAAUGUACAUGGAAACCAGCUGGAAAUAUUCUGUAAGUAUCCUUAUUGUUGAAAUGGGUUUCAUUCAAAUAAAUAUUUGCAGAUUGAAUUUAAACAAUGGAAAUGGAGAUGGUCAUGAAAUUCCAAUAGUGGAUUAUUACAAAAAUCGUCAUGGUAUUAUUUUGAAACAUCUUCAUUUGCCUUGUUUGGAAGUUGGUAGAACAAAAGAAUGUCUGAUUCCUCUUGAAUUGUGUUAUAUUGUUAGUGGACAAAGAUGUAUCAAAAAGUUGAAUGAGCAACAAAUAGCCAAUUUGAUCAAAGCAACGAGUAGAAAUGCACAAGAAAGGAAAGAUGCGGUGCUGAAAAUCAGGGACAAAGUUGAAAUCGCCGAGGAUAUAUAUUCAGUGGUAAGAAUACAAUCGAAGUAAUGAAUGUAAAUAACUGAUGGUGGUUUUUUUUCAGAAAUAUGGAAUUGAAGUUGACAGAAAAAUGAUGAAAUUGGAAGGAAAAGUUCUGCCACCGCCGAAAUUGAUGUAUUCAACUCCGAAUUCAAGGAAACAAGACUUUGUAACUGUUCCAAACAAUGGAACAUGGGAUAUGAGAGGAAAGAAUUUUUAUAAAGGAGUUGAAAUUACGGUUGGUUUUAUUAUAAUUCUAGAUACACUAGCUACUCUGAUUAGUUUUCUCACCUUUCAUAAAUUUUCCAAUCAAAUGUUUGAUAUAAAUAUGUAUUCAAAUGAUUUUCAGUGUUGGGCAGUUGUUUGCUUUGCUCCUCCAAAUUUCGUAACUCAACAUCAUUUACGAACUUUCGUUGCGAAUUUGACAAAAGUGGCGAAAGAAAUUGGGAUGCCUUUGACCCAAUUACCAUCAUUUUCGAAAUAUGCCAACCCGGAGCAAAUAUCUAAAAUUCUCGAUUUUUUGAAUGGCAACAAAAAUCUUCAAUUAGUUGUUUGUGUUGUUCCUGGCAAAUCAAGUAUUUAUGGAGAUUUGAAAAGAAAAGGAGAUUUGAUUGGAUUAACAACUCAAUGUAUCAGAUCACACAAUGUUCUCAAACCAAGUGCUCAUACUCUUUCCAAUCUUUGCAUGAAAAUCAAUUCGAAACUUGGAGGUGUGAAUUUAGUUGUAACAAGUCCGACUCAUUUGGUGAUGAAAGAACCAGGUGAGAGAAGAAAAAUGGAAUCAGUGAUUAAUCUACUAACAUGUUUUUUUUUUCAGUUCUUUUCAUUGGUUGUCAAUUAACUCGUAAUAUUGUUGCUUCUGAUUGUUCAUCUCCUUGUCCAGCUCCAAUCGAUAGUUCAAUAUGUUGUUUAGUUGGUUCAAUGGAUGGUCAUCCAACUAGAUUUACACCAACUUUUCGAAUUCAACCUAGACAAUUGUCUGUUAUCUCGGAAAUUCGAGAAAUGACCAAAGAAUUGAUUUUGAGCUUUUAUAAUGCAACAUCUUACAAACCACAUCGAAUUAUUGUUUAUAGAAGUGGAAUUACGGAAGGAAAUUUGAAUGAGGUAACUAGAAAUUCAGAGGAUUUUUUAAAAUUAGUUUUCAUUAUUUCAGAUUUUACAAUUCGAAGUUCGCGGAAUUCGUGAAGCAUGUCUUCAAAUUGAUCCAUGUUUUCAACCGGGAAUUACUAUGAUUGGAUUAGAUAUUACUCACCACACAAGAUUUUUUGCCACAAAUGAUAUAGUGAGUCAUUUUCAAUUGGUCGGUGUAGAAAAUGAAAAAUAUUUUUGAUGUAGAAGUGAACUCAAUUUUUUCACUUGGUUUUUCUCAUCAAAAAUAUAUAUUUCAGGAUCGCAUGGGAAAUAGUUUGAAUGUGCCAGCUGGUACAUUGGUCGAAACAGGAAUAACUGUGAAUAGUCAUUUUGAAUUUUAUCUUGUUUCGCACGCUGGAAUUCAAGGAACUUCUCGUCCAACAAAAUAUACUGUGAUGUGGGAUGACAACGAAUUAACUGGAGAACAAGUUCAUGAAUUGACUUAUCAGGUAAUUUUAGUUUUUUUUCAAUGAGAAAUUGUUUUGGAAAUAUUAUAAUUAAUUAAUUUUCAGUUGUGUCAUACUCAAUCUCGCUGCACACGAAGUGUUUCAAUUCCAUCGCCAGUUUAUUAUGCUCGUCUUGUCGCCCAACGUGCCAAAAUAUUGAUGACAGAUGAGUCUUUUGAUUUUGAGAAUUAUCGAGAAAUAUCUCGUAUCUGUAACGGUAUGCCGUUCACUUGA